AGUCAGGACGAGCAGAAGAUCAAAAUGGCGGCAAGCAUGAGUGCCGACCGUCAACUUUACAGUUUGCCUCGGUUAGAACAACAAGAAAGCAUGGAUUCCGAUAAAAUUCCUGGCAACCGAGAUUCAAUAGAAAGCACGAGACAAAGCUCUGAAUUCUACCCUGGGAAUACCACAAUCAACCUUAUUUGGCAGUAUUCACAGAAAGCCAACGAAUUUAACCCUGAUGACAUGAACGUGGAAGUAGAUAAGCAACGACAGGCGAGGGAUAGGAAAAGGCUCCAACAAGUUCUUAAGAUGCCUGAAGAUAUGCCUGUUAGAGCAGAGAAUACCAGCAGAUCCUUGAGAAAAAGGGGCAGUAUUGAGCAAUCUCUCCAGCUAUUGGAUGAUGCCUUGUCACCAAGCCAUCCAGUUGCCUCUCCUUUGAUGAAGGUUGCUGGCACCCCAGCACAUUUGCUGCAGCGGCCAAGGAUGGCCCAGCUCAGACACAGUACUUACACCCCAAGUGGUAUGUCAUCUGUUGCUGAAACAGAUUUUGAACAGGAUAUAAGUAUAAGUAUGGAAGGUCUAAGACCUGAUCCAAACUUCUCCACUUCAUACGUUGCCUCAAGGUCAAUGCAAGAUAGUUUACGCAUGGCCUCAGGUUCAAUGCUUGAUAGCUCUCAACUAGAAUCAGUCUCACAUAUGAGGUCACAUCUAGAUAAUGUCACUGCAACUGGGGGUGAUCUUGAAGCAACUCAAUUGACCGACAUGACUAUGCUAACAGACAGAGAUCCUAUUGUAGCAGGCUGCUCAUUGCUCUUCCAAGAAUUUAAAGAAAGUUUAACAGAACACAUCCACUUAUCAGAAAUCUUUAAUCUGGUCUCUUCAUAUGAACAGGCCUGUCAAAAGCAGGUUGAUGACCUGAACAAACUUGUUAGAGAAGCAAAUGCUCACAAAAAGUCAUUUGCCAAGAAAGUUGAUAUCCUUGAUAGUGUCACUCAAGAGUGCUACACAUGGAAGCUAAUUGGAUGCUUGUUUAGUGACCGACUGCAAAAUACUGACAUCAAUGAAGAUACUGUGGAUAUGAGUGUGGUGAGAAAAAACUGGAGUGAGAAAAUGAUUGUGAACUCGUUAUAUGAGCGUGACUCAUCUGUGCGUCAGAGUCAGCUGGUCGUUGACUGGUUGGAGCAUAACGCAGAGCACUGGAUGGAAGUGGUUCUACAAAUGGAUAACAUGGAGUACUGCUCUGAGUCUGUCUGCUGGGAGAAUACUUUACAUGAGCUGCAACAUGGCAGAAGCAGGCCAGGAUCUCUUCGUCCAAUAGUGUCUGAAAUGGACCCAGACGCGCCUGUGAGACAGAGAAGACCGCUUGCUGAUUUGGACAUGGAGGAUGAGGCUAGGUUGUUGAGGUAUCUCUUUGUCUGCAUCAGAGCUGGCAAGUUUGAAGAGGCUCAACGCUUGUGCAUCGAGAGUGGCCAGUCUUGGAGGGCUGCCACGCUUGAAGGAUGGAAACUAUAUCACGACUCUAACAUGGAGGGAGUUGCUGACAAUGGAAAAUUACAAGAAAUUGAGGGCAAUCCAAACAGAGAUAUCUGGAAAGCGAUGACCUGGAAUAUGGCUUCUGAGGACAAGUUUUCAUUGUACGAGAAAGCUAUGUAUGCAGUUUACUGUGGGAACCUAACUCAGCUGUUGCCAGCGGGUAAUUCAUGGGAGGACUACCUUUGGGCAUACUACAAGGUCAUGGUGGAUGUACGAGUGGAGCAGGAACUGCGUUUGAACUCUAGAAAAGACAGACCUUUGGAGCCGUUGCCCUCCGCCUAUUGGGAUCAGGUACUAACUCCUGAGAAAGUGUUUGCUGAGCUCAAGGCGUGCCCGAAUGAGACUAUACGCCGGUCAGCUGAAUUACCACAUCAUGUAAUCCAAACCUGUAUCAUUCUGAACGACAUUGACGGUUUGCUAGAGAUCAUGAACAAGUGGCUCAACGGAGACGAGAAACCAUCAAACCACAUGCUACGUUUCAUGGCGCAUUUUGUGCUUUUCUUGAGAUCCGCCGGUCUUCAAACCAAUGACGAGAUAUGCUAUUCCAUUCUGAAGGCAUAUGUACAGUGUCUGAUUGAUGAUCACCAAGUUCCACUGGUCGCUACUUAUACAGCCACGCUCCCACAAGAUCUGCAAGUACAGACCUACGCUUACUUCCUUGAAGAAAUUGUUGAUCGUAAGGAGCGACAGAAAUGUUUGGAAUACGCCGAAGCCGCACAUCUGGAUAUUCCGAUGAUUACUAAGACAGUAGUGGAGAACAUUCGCGGCAAGGAUUUCCAGAUAGACAGUAAGCUUUCCCCUGCCUUGGAAGCUGCCACAUCAGACGAGGAUAGAAAGAAGAUCGAGGCCAUUGAGUGGUUGGUGUUUGACCCGUCCCAACGCGCGGAAGCCCUCAAGCAGAGCAAUGCUGUUAUGAGGUGUUUCAUAGCAUAUCGUAAGCAUGCGGCAGCUCGUGAUGUGUUCGAGAAAAUCCCUCCCGAUUCCAUCGACAUCAUCUACAGACAGUGGCAAUUGAAGGCCGACAUGUCUGCCUUGCCGCCUGAGGGGGAGAACGCUAUUCGGGAAUACCUCUGUAUCAGAGCAUACCUGUCGGCACAUGAUGCGUUUAACGACUGGUUUGAGCAUUUCCAUGCAGCACCGGCUCCACCAUCUAGUAAAACUCAUGGAAACUUCACCGAGAAAGUCGCCCACGAGCAUCGCCAGCAAAACUAUCAGGCGGAGCUGACGAGAUGGCAGAACACGUUGGACAUUCACACUAAGGCCACCCUAGAGCGCAUCUACAACGUGCUGCUUUUCCCUGACGGCGGUUGGAUGGUAGAUCAGUCUGUGGAGAGUGAACCCGACACCAGUCGUCUUCAGCAGAUGAAACUCUUGCGUGAGUUGUGUCUUCCCGCACUCUGCUUCAUUUUGCACAAGGUCUACCAAUCCACAGGGCAGUACCGGGAGUGUGUGGAGCUUGCAAACAUAGUCGCGUCCGAGCAGUAUGGACUUUACAAAGUCUUCAGCAAGGACGAGCUACAAAAAAUACUGUCAGCCAUCCGCGAGUACUCUCUUGCGAUUCUCAAGAACAGCAUGGAUCCCCUGGGGUACGACUCUAGCUCAGUUAAGCCUUAAAUAGAAAAAGCGUGCGCUCACAUUGUGUAUGGCUACAUGUGACUUUUAAAGUGAUUCUGCGCGGACAAGACUUGAGACAUUCUGGUCUGAAACAUCAAGUAUGAUAUCUGUUAGCUGUCCCUACAAAGGGUUUGGGUUACCACUAGGCCCAGAGGUGCGAGUCAGUUAUAUAAACUAUGUGGACGCCCUAUGACUACUCUUUUCUACUACGACUUGAUUCGCUGUUUGAUACUAAAGAACGCGGCCAACGUUUGUAACGCAUGCAGAUCAUUCUUGUAAAUACUCAUGACAUGGCCGUGACUCGAAGUUCAUUAAGCACAUGUAGGUCAAUACUAGUAGACUUAGUGCUUAGGGAUUCGGUUGGUGAAUGCGAAAGUGCUAUGUACAUGUUUGAUUAGUGCGUUACCUACAAAGUUAGAGAACUUGAAGAGCGGGUUUGGCUUGUACUGUUUCUUACUAUAAAGUAGAAUCUAUGAACUAAUUUUAUAAACUGAUCAUAAUUUGUCUAA